GUUGUUGAAUUCAGUUCAAUGUAUUUAUUUGUCUGCCCUUGGCUUGAAGUUGCUGCUUUGAAGUGGAAAGAUGACUAGAUCUGGAUCUAACUGGACUCCAAUUCCUGCUUUGCCUUUUUCUAUGACUGUGUGCCCUUGGACGCAGUACUUCAACAAACAUUAGGCGCCUACUAUGUGCAGAGCCUAGCCCAGUGCCUCAGAAGCACAGUGCUGGGCAUACAAAAGCAAAAUUCAAAUAGUUUUGGCCAUUAAGGAAAUUGCUUUCCAAGGCGUGACAUAAUACAUACAUAAAUAAGUAAAGUAACUUGAGGAGGAAGAGAACACUAGUAGUUAGGAAAAUCUCAGUAUUCACAGAGGACGCGGCAUCUGAACUGAGCAUGGGAGGAAAGUAAACUUUCUGAGAAGCAGAAAGGUAUAGGAGACCCGAGACAGGAGAUGGCCUAACAAGUUUGAGAAAUGUUGUGUAUGAAGAAGAAGAAUAGGCAAUAAAACUGGAAAAGUAGGAUGGAACUAGAUUGUGGAGAGCUCUUACCAUUCUUAACCUCACUUUCCCCACCUAUUAAAUGAGAGUGUUAAGAUGAUCUCUGGGGUACCUUUCACCUCUACAUGCUGUAAUCCUAAGAGCUGACAAACUACCUCUAUCUGUCUCACCCUCCUCCAACCAGGGAAAAGUAUGGUGCAGAUGGUAGCCAAGGCUUUCUGCCAUUAUUUUCUUUAGAGGCUGAAAGGGCUGCCUUUAUUGAACUACCUUCAAAGGUUUCUAAUUUUCUUUAGCCUCUUUGAAAUUUAGCCAAACCCCCCUAGAACUAAAGUAUAUUCUCAACUUGUGAUACUUCUUGAGAAAUGUUUCAUAACUUUACUUACUUUUUUAUUAACGGUAUGACACAAUGAACUGGUCUUGGAGACAGGAAGACCCAUUUUCAAAUUCCCAAAUCCCACUGGCUGUGUGACUCCCCCAGUGUUCUCCAAAACUGCAAAUUGCAGAACAUUUGCAGUCUCCGCUUGAGUAAAGAAGGUUCCCAACAUGGAGUUCCCUGUACUGAUAAAAUCACAGGUGCAAUUUCUUCACCUGCCUUUGUUCUUCCACUCACAAAUUGGAUUGUCUAGUUUUCCUUUGCCUUAGUUUCUUCAUCUAUAAAAGGAACCAUUUGGAGAAAAAAUGGCCUGUAAGGUUCCUCCCAGCUCUAGACUUCUGAGGCUCUUCUUUGCUUUCCGGAAAUACGAAGCCCUAUCAGCAGAUUCACAUUCAUUCAGUCAUCUUUCACAACUUUGUGGAUCAUAAUAUGAUAAGUGCAAAGGAGAGCUCCAAAGGUGCAUGGGAAAUUAAAGGAAAAACAGCUUCCAGUUGGAGAGAUCCCCAGCUUCCCUGGGCCUUAAUGAUGUGCAGAAGGAGUUCCAGAAAGUGGCCUUUGACUUUGCCUCAAAAGAGAUGGCCCCACAAAUGGCAGAAUGGGACCAGAAGGAGCUUUUCCCAGUGGAGACCAUGAGGAAGGCAGCACAGUUGGGCUUCGGUGGUAUCUAUGUUCGGUCUGAUGUAGGAGGAUCAGAGCUCUCCAGGCUUGAUGCCUCUGUCAUAUUUGAGGCCUUGGCUACAGGUUGCACCAGCACCACGGCCUACAUAAGCAUCCACAACAUGUGCGUCUGGAUGAUUGACUCCUUUGGAAAUGAAGAACAGAGGCACAAAUUCUGUCCACCACUCUGCUCUAUGGAGAAGUUUGCUUCCUACUGUCUGACUGAGCCAGGAAGCGGGAGUGAUGCUGCAUCCCUUACGACCUCAGCCAAACGGCAAGGGGAUCAUUACAUCCUUAAUGGCUCCAAGGCUUUCAUCAGUGGUGGUGGUGAAUCAGACAUCUAUGUAGUCAUGUGCCGGACAGGAGGACCAGGCCCUAAAGGGAUCUCCUGCCUGGUCAUUGAGAAGGGGACCCCAGGCCUCAGCUUUGGGAAGAAAGAGAAGAAGGUAGGGUGGAACUCUCAGCCAACAAGAGCUGUGAUCCUCGAAGACUGUGCUGUACCUGUGGCCAACAGGAUUGGAAGCGAGGGACAGGGUUUCCUUAUCGCCAUGAAAGGAUUGAAUGGAGGGAGGAUCAAUGUUGCCUCCUGCUCCCUUGGAGCUGCUCAUGCUUCGAUCAUCUUGGCCCAGAACCACCUCAGAGUACGCAAGCAGUUUGGAGAGCCCCUGGCCAACAACCAGUACUUGCAGUUCAAACUGGCUGACAUGGCUGUUCGGCUGGUGGCUUCACGGCUAAUGAUUCGUAAUGCAGCAGUGGCGCUGCAGGAGGAGCGAGAGGAUGCCGUGGCCCUCUGUUCCAUGGCCAAGCUCUUCGCUACAGAUGAGUGCUUCACAAUAUGCAACCAGGCCUUGCAGAUGCACGGCGGCUAUGGCUACUUGAAGGAUUAUGCUGUUCAGCAGUAUGUACGGGACUCUAGGGUCCACCAGAUCCUGGAAGGUAGCAAUGAAGUAAUGAGGAUGCUUAUCUCUCGGAACUUGCUUCAGGAAUAGCACUGGGUGUGGUGUUUGUGGGCACAGUUCCUGCUUGUGCAAUCUCGUAUCCAGUUUUGAUGUUAAAUUACCAGGGAAAUCCUACAACAAGAAGCUGGACCAUCCCAGGGCAGGACUCACUCUGGGGUACAAUUCAGCCUGAGCCCUACAAAGCACAACUUUUCAAAUGGGAUUACAACAGUGUCCUAAGGAUACAGACAGGAAUAGGCUGGCAGCCUGGACUGGAAAAUUCACAAGAGGAGACUGCUUUGUGAUAUCAGUAUGCUUACUGUCAGCUCUUGAAGACUAUCGGUGGCAUGGGUCAGAAUUCACCCAACAGCCAACACACUUCACUAGUACCACAUUGCCUUAAGCUACCUACAUCUGACCCACAUAACAUGCAGUUAACAGUUCACUGUUCUGUAGCACUUUAAUGUGCUUUUCCAAAAAUCAUUUGGGAGGUGGGUAAUGCAAGUAUUUUUCCUAUUUUACAUAUGAGGAAAAUGAGGCUCAAAGUAAAGUGACUUGUCCAAGGUUACACAAGCUGGUUGGAACUGGGAUUUGUAACUAGUUUUGCUGAUUCUAAGCCUGGUGCUCUUUUUGCCCUACUGCUAUAGAUUCCUCUUCCAGGAACGUGGACAUUUCCAUUAUGUGCUUUAGCUAAAUAAAGCAAAGAUUUGGGGGAGAUGGAACUGAGAGGAGAAUCCUGCUGUUUUUAAAACAAAUUUGUGCCUCAGCCAAAAACCACCCAACUCUCCAAAAGGCACUCCUUGUCCUGUGCUCCAAAACAGUCGUUGAAUUGUAUGAUGCUGGAGUGCUGGGCCUGGAGUGAGGAAGCCCAGAGUUCAAAUCUGGCCUCAGACACUUAUAGCUGUGUGACCUUGGAC